GCCAGAAAUGCCCCGAAUGGCCUCCGCAUCAAAUCAAUCAAACGUCCAUGGCGCCUUGACUUUUAGCCGACCAGCUCAACUCCAUCCGACCGCUGCCAACUUGGUCUCAACAUCUCAUUCAUAGUCCAAACACCGACAACGCCCUCCAUUGUGCGCCAUCCCGUUUCCCGUAAACAGGUGCUCCCUCUCAUGAUGCUCCUGCACCCGCCUCACGCUGUUGCCACCUUCUGCCCUCCUUCCUCUGCCGUGAAGGCGUCUCCCGUGCAGCAGACAAACCCACUUUCUCCAGCUGAUCUGGACCUCGACUGUCGCGGCAACGUCAGGAUAAACUUCAUUCCGGACCUUCUCUCUCACGCUCGUGAGGAUCGCCAUGCUCUUGUGGAUCUCCUCGGCCAGCAUCCUCGCUAGGAAAUGGAGUUCGCUCGGCGUUGAGCCUCGAUAGGUGCGCACUGCUGGAUGUGCCUUCAGAAACAGCGCCCUUGUUCGCGCCAUCAACCGCUCAAAAGUAAGGACUGCGGCUCCGAUAUACUCCCUCUCCCCGACAUGGUAGGUGCGGACCGCCAGGAUGGUCACCAAGAGCUCAGUGUCAGCCUUGAACAAAGCUCCCUGGAGUUGGCCAUCUUGUUCCACCGUCCGGCAGAUGUCGACGAUUUCCUGCUUGGUCAUCUGGAGAGAGGUCCGGAUCUUGUGAAGCCUGCGAACGGCCUCGUCUGAGUUGAGCUUGGUGCGGAUUCGAAAUGAUGGUGUUGCUAUUUUUGGCGUCGAGGGCCAGAACCACCCUCUGAGGAAUCGCUCGUACAUGGUCCUUUGCACGAGCAACAGGCUUUUGACUUUGAGACUAUCUCGCAGAAAAAGCGUUCUUGCCUUUGCUGCGUCCGGCAACCCUCAAGAUCUGACAGACAAGCUUCCACUCUUCUUCGGUCCGGGUGGAGUAUUGAGGCUCUUUGGCGUGGGCGUGACAGAAAGGAGAGGUGCUGUAAUACGGGCUCGACGCAGCAGACUUCGUGAGUAUCGUUCUGUCUGAAGAUGUGCCUGGUCAUGCUCUGCUGCCACUGGGGUUUAAGUAUUUUGCUCAGGUCCUCCUCUCAAGACUUUCAGAUCGCCUUGAUGGAGGACCUCGAUUUGGAUCCAGAUUCUGUCACCUCACAGUCCUCCCACUAGCAACCCUCCGGGUCGACGUACAAGGCGCUCGAUUGCUGUUCCAUGGGAUAACCUACGUUUAUUCCUGGAUCAAGCAAUAUGUCUGGCUCAUCAACAGAACAUCAGACUUGGCCUACGGACGGGAGUGGACUGGGUGUUGUUGGGCCAUCCUGGCUGUAGGAGAAACCUCGUGGGUGGACAGUCCUCAAGCAACAGCGGAGGACCUCAAGCGAAGGACAUUCUAUAUAGUUGUCCCAGCGUUUCUUCUGCCCUCCUCAUAUUUCCUCACCACUGUCCAUUUACCACAUCAUCAAUGCUUUCUUGACCGCAACAUCGAGUCUCAUCGUGAACAACAGCAACUGUGCUCGACAACAACCGAACCGUGACCACCACAAUUCAUCCCUACCCAACCAUGUUGUCUUCCACGUUUUCUCCUAUCCCACAGAUCUGGCGAAACAUCUCUUUGUCAGGAAACCUCGAGCGCAAACAAGGCAACGGCUCUGGCGCCAGCACACCGUCAUAUGCCGCUAGAGAGGCCUCAUCCUCCAGCCAAAAUGAGCUCCUAGUCCCGAUCCCGGUGGCCGCCUUGCGUAGCUCCCCCUUCAAUGGACAAGGGUCUCGAUUCGUUGAGGACCUUGAAGCUCUCGUCGCGGGCGAGGAAGCCGCCGGCCCCAGCAGGAGACCCGGCAUCACCAUCAUCGAAAACUCCACCCAAAGGCCAGCGGAACGACAACCACCGUCGCGGCCACCAAGUCCAUACGUGGUCAAGCCACCAACUCCCGUGGGCAGCUCCCACUGGAUCGACCCAGAAGGGUGGGCGUUACAGGAUGAGGAGCAGUGGGACGCCGCCCGCGCGUGCCAGGGCUGGGUCAAGGCGUUUGGCGACGUCCGGCGCCGGUACGAGGGCGCCGUCGCGGGCCUGUUCGGCAAGCUGGAGCGGCUCUGGUUCUUCAGCUUCAACCCCAAGUACCGGCGCUUCCUGAACACCAUCGAGGCCGUCGAGGCUUCUCUCGACGCCCUCCCGAUCCUCAUUCUGGACUCCGACUGGAAUGUGUACGGCGAGCUGAGCAACCUCAUCGACUUCUUUGCCGCGUGGAUCAUCGAGGCCCACAACUGCUGCAACACCAUGACCCUGGACGGGGUGCCUGUGAACCUAGACAACCCCGAGCAGCGCGCCGGGAGGAAGAGCCAGAUGGUGGAGAUGGGGCCCGAACUCGCCCGUCUGACGGAGCGGCUCAGCGACGGCGCCCAGAAGCCUCUCCGGAAGUUACGCGCGCUACUCAAGGAAUUCGCCUAGAUGGUUGUGCCGGGGGCUACUCUGAGAGGCCUGUGGUCUGAGGUCAUGGGCCUGAAUGUGUUAUGAUGUGAACGGGUGAGCGGGUGAGCGAGCGAGUAACCUGAGCGAGCGGAGCAGUAGUAUAGCGACGGUCUUUUUGUUUCUGUAAAUACCUAUACAUCCAUUCCCUGUGAGCCUUUGUCCAGUGCUCAUCCUGUAUCUAUCUGCCAUAGUCGUA